AUGGCGCAACAAAAGUUUCGGGAGCGGAGUAAGAAACAGAAGCAUUCCCAGGCAAUUCAACAUCAGGACCACAGCUCUCCACCCGUUUUGAACUAUUCCCCGAGUGAUCAGAUCGGCCAUUAUGGCGAGAUUGCUACCACAGAGACCUGGACAGAAACCGCCGUACCGUCCUUGAUUCCAGGGCCCCCGAGCUCUCAUUUCUUCUCACACCAAAGCUCGACGCUCAAUACCAUUCCAGGGGAACUGUAUACACCCCAACAAUAUCCCGAGCUCUCGGGCCUGAAUAAUGAUCAGCCAAAUUUCUCUAAUCCCCCUGAAAUGUUAUUCUAUCCAGAAACCCAGGGCACGAAUGGACUGUUAGAGCUCGACUUGACCCUUGCGGGACUAGCGACGGGUGGCUGUGGACAGAGAAAAGAACCGCCAUCUGAACAAGAAACAUCAAAUCUAGUGUCAGCUGCGUUAUUGCAUACGCCGGAAAUAGUAUUGGAUGGCAACCAGGACAGCAUUUAUUCCCCGCUUGACGAUGAUGGAUGUCAGACUCCCGAGGAUAGGAUAAAAGAUAAUGCGCUGUUAGUACUGCAGAUCCAGAAGGUUCACUUCGGGAAACAAGCACAGGAGCAGAUGCGCAGGUUGAUCUCAACAUAUGAUCUAGGGGUUUUUCUCCAGAUAUUUCCCUCCGAUCCUCAUCUGAAGAAGGUGCUUGAGACCGCCAAUGAUAUAUUCUCUUCAACAUGGAAGUAA